AUGGAGGGAGGAGGAGCAGCAGCACAACUGCCCAAGGGACACGGUGUCACCCGGCAACGGGCUCGCCGGCACCGGCAGCAGCAGGCUCGUCUCCAACAACAGCAAGUUCGCGCUGGGCUUCUUCAAGCCGGACAUCACGCCCUUCCACCGCACCACCAGCAACCCCAACACGUACCUCGGCAUAUGGUUCAACAAGGUCCCCAAGCUGACCCCACUCUGGAGCGCCAACGGGGACAGCCGGUCGACCCCGCCAUACCCGAGCUCGCCAUCUCCGGCGACGGCAACCUGGUCAUCCUGGACCAGACCACCAACUCCGUCAUCUGGUCCACCCGCGCGAACCCCACCACCAACGACACCGUCGCCGUGCUCCUGAACGACGGCAACCUCGUCCUGCGGAGCUCCUCGAACUCGUCCGCCGUCUUCUGGCAGAGUUUUGACUACCCGACGGACACAUUCUUCGCCGGCGCCAAGAUCGGCUGGGACAAGGCGACGGGCCUGAACCGCCGCCUCGUGUCGAGGCAGAGCCUGGUCGACCAGGCUCGGGGACUCUACACGUACCCUGGGGUUCGACCGCGACGGGGUCGGGCGGAACUCCACCGUGGAGAUUGUGUCCACCGGGCGGUGGAACGGGCAGUACCUCAGCCUGGUGCCGGAGAUGAUCGGGCCGGUCCUGCCGACGUUCAAGUUCAAGUUUGUGAACAACGACCAGGAGGUGUACCUCACGACUGGUUGGUGCACUACAGGCAGCCCGUGCAUCUGUGCGACACCUACGCGACGCGUGGGCCUUUCACGGUCUGCGACGACACCGCCGACCCGAUCUGCAGCUGCAUGAAGGGUUUCUCUGUGAGCUCGCCCGUGGACCGGGAGCUCGGGGACAGGAGAGACGGGUGCGUCAGGAACACUCCAUUAGAUGUCUGUGGAAGCGGCGGCGACGGCGGCAGCAAGACGGCGUCGGCUCCCACGGAUAGGUUCUACGGCGUGCAACGCGUCAGGUUGCCCCAUGGCGCGGAGACAGUGCAGGCUGCGACGAGCGGAGACGAUUGCUCACGGGUCUGCCUGAGCAACUGCUCCUGCACUGCGUAUUCAUAUGGGGAAGGAGGAGGCUGCUCUGUCUGGCAUGGCAAGUUGACCAAUGUAAAACAACAACAGUCUGAUGGUUCUGGUGAUGGAAAUGGGGAGAUGCUUUACGUACGCCUCGCUGCAAAAGACGUGCCAAGUGCGGCGAGGAAGAAGAGUAGGGGAGUCGGCAUCGGUGCUGCCAUUGGCGCAAGCGCUGCGGUCUUCGGCCUGAUGGUGGUUGCUCUGGUGAUCUGGAGGAGAAAAGGGCAGUGGUUUGCUCACACAGCGGGAAAUGCUCAAGUCCGCGGCAUUGGGGUCAUUGCAUUUCGAUACGCCGAUUUGCAGCGUGCCACUAAAAACUUCUCUGAAAGGUUAGGAGGAGGCGGUUUCGGCUCCGUGUUCAAAGGUUACCUGAGUGACUCAUUCACCUUAGUGGCAGUGAAGAGGCUUGACGGCAUCAAGGAGAGAAGCAGUUCAGGGCAGAAGCCAGUAGUGAUAGUCUUGGCUUGGAGCCUCAGGUACCAGAUAGCCGUUGGAGUAGCCAGAGGCCUGGCCUACUUGCACACGGGCUGUCGGGACUGCAUCAUUCACUGUGACAUCAAGCCAGAGAACAUACUCCUCGACGCGGCGUUCGUACCUAAGAUUGCGGAUUUCGGGAUGGCAAAGGUCUUGGGGAGGGAAUUUAGCCAUGCGAUAACUACGAUGAGAGGAACCAUCGGAUACCUUGCGCCCGAAUGGAUUGGCGGAGAAGCUGUCACAUCGAAAGUGGACGUUUACAGCUACGGGAUGGUCUUGUUUGAGCUGAUAUCCGGGAGGAGGAACUCAAGCCAAGUGUACCUCAAGGACGACGGUGACUAUUUAGAAUUUUUCCCUCUGCAAGUCGCGCGCAGGCUUCAUCAGAGUGGAGAGACGAUUGGAUGCCUGGUGGAUGCAGAUUUGCAUGGCGAGGCCAAUCUUGAAGAGGUUGAAAGAGUUUGCAAGGUUGCGUGCUGGUGCAUUCAGGAUAGCGAGCUUGAUCCGCCGGCCAUGGCCUCGGUGCAGUUUCUUGAGGGUCUUUCUGAGCUCGACGUGCCUCUGGUGCCAAGGCUACUCGAUACUAUCACGGGAGGGUCGCCGGCGCCGGUGUACUACCUCGAGUCAGGAGAGCUCGUCGUUUCAGACAAGCAAAAUGAAUAG